GGCGGGGGGUGGGGGGGAAGCAGGGAGAUCCCAAACCGGCGGCCGAGGGGGGGGGGGGUGGGAGAGCCGCGGCCGCUGCGAGCGCUGCAGAUAGGAGACAAAAGAGGCACGAAGUUACUCUCGCAACUUGGACUUACAAAAAGGAGGCGGCCGGGGGGGGAAAGCCGCCCGCGCUCGGGCUCCCGAGACUUUUUUCUUCGCUCUUCGCCUUUUUUGCCCGGCUCCCGCGGCCGCUCCGGGGCCGGGCGCCGCCGAUGGCCGCGGCCCCCCGCGCCCAGCCGUGACGCCCGACCGGGCCCCGCCGGGCGCCGCUGCCCCGGGGCCGGCCCCGCAUGCCGGGCGCUGACCGCCACCCCGCGCCGCUCCCCUCUAUGCGGCCGUAGGGUGCGCGGCGGGGCAGGGCUCACCAUGUCGAUGCUCCCGACUUUUGGCUUCACCCAAGAGCAAGUGGCCUGCGUCUGCGAGGUGCUCCAGCAAGGCGGCAACAUCGAGCGGCUGGGGCGGUUCCUCUGGUCCCUCCCUGCCUGCGAGCACCUCCACAAGAACGAGAGCGUCCUCAAGGCCAAGGCGGUGGUGGCCUUCCACCGGGGCAACUUCCGCGAGCUCUACAAGAUCCUGGAGAGCCACCAGUUCUCGGCGCACAACCACCCCAAGCUGCAGCAGCUCUGGCUGAAGGCGCACUACAUCGAGGCGGAGAAGCUGCGGGGGCGACCCCUAGGGGCGGUGGGCAAGUACCGGGUGCGCCGCAAGUUCCCGCUGCCCCGCUCCAUCUGGGACGGAGAGGAGACCAGCUACUGCUUCAAGGAGAAGAGCCGCAGCGUCCUCCGCGAGUGGUACGCCCACAACCCCUACCCGUCCCCACGCGAGAAGCGGGAGCUGGCCGAGGCCACCGGCCUCACCACCACCCAGGUCAGCAACUGGUUCAAGAACCGCCGGCAGCGGGACCGCGCCGCCGAGGCCAAGGAAAGGGAAAACAACGAGAAUUCCAACUCCAACAGCCACAACCCGCUCUCGGCAUCAAUGAACGGGAAUAAGACAGUUUUGGGGAGCUCGGAGGAUGAGAAGACACCGUCAGGGACCCCGGAUCACACCUCCUCCAGCCCCGCGCUGCUGCUCAGCUCCAACCCUGGGCUGCAGCCCCUGCACGGCCUGGGUCACCCCCAGGGCCCCAGCGCCAUCCCCGUGCCCAGCGCCGACCCCAUGCACCACCACAGCUUGCAGGACUCCAUCCUCAACCCUAUGUCAUCCAACUUGGUUGAUCUGGGCUCUUAAAACAGUAUACACGCUCCCUUCUUCCCAUUAGCCCUCCUUUACUCUUUUUUUUUUUUUCUUUUGUUUUUUCCUUAAUCUUACCAGAGACUUUGAAAGCGAUGACAAACUCCUUAGUGGAUGUGUUGUGUCCUUUGGCAGCAGGCUGGCUGCAGGUUUGGAAGGUAUCGGACUCAGCUGUGGGCAGUGAUGUUGUGAAAAGCCUUAAGGGUUGCUUAAAGGUGGUCUCAGGCGUGUAAGGACUCUUGGACAGGAGCUGUGAUUUUCAUGGCAGGCUGUAAGGUGGUUUGGUGUAGCAGCUCUUUCCAGCCUUAACUUCACAAAUCUUUCCGUGGUGUCACUUGAUCGGGCCGGUCUGUGUGGGAAGAGACACAUUGUAAUCUUUUUUUUUCGGGGGUUGGGAAGAAAGGGGAGCGCAAGGCCGCUCUUGCCAUGCCUGUUUGGAAGUUACAUAUCGCUCCCGUUAUUCUAUUGUAGCUAUGUAUCUGUGGCAGGUGUACGAUGUACAAUUUCAACUAAGAAUACAAAAGUUGUAGUCAAGUUAUAGCAGCAACAUGCGCUCUAAGCAGACUCUGUAACCUUCUUGUAGCUGAUGCUAUGCAGAGACAGCUUCUUUGGCCUUGUCCAUGUGGUGCUUUUGCCAUUUGCUCGGUGGGAAAGGAAGUGAUGGCCCAGCUCCAGCCCUGGCCUCGGAGGAAGGCAGGGGCAGAUUCUCCGCUUGGUGUGCAACGAGGGCAGGAGCGGGCUUUAAAAAAAAAAAAAAGAGGAAUUGCUGCUCAAGGUUAGACCUAAACGACAGUAUCAAGCGCAAGUCACUCACCUUAGUUUUGUUUAUUGUUUAUAUUAUGUGAAUACAUUCUUUGGAAAAUAUUUCUGCUUUUAUUUUAUAAUAAAAUUUAGAAAUC